AUGCAUAGCAUUCGCCCUCUACCCGCUGCUUCCCCUCACGUCCGACGCUUCCCGAAAUCCUUCUCUCUCCGCCGCAAGGUCCCAUGGUGGCACCAAGUCCUCGACCCUGGUUCCGAAAUCGUGACCCGAUGGAACUUCAUCUUCCUCGUCACCUCUCUCCUCACCUUAUUCCUCGACCCUCUCUACUUCUUCCUCCCCGUCAUCGGCGGCCCCGCCUGCAUGGAAAUCGACUACAACCUAAGCAUCGUCUUCACUGUCUUCAGGACCAUUGCCGACCUCUUCCACCUCCUCCACAUGAUCAUGAAGUUCCAAACCGCAUUCGUCGCCCCAAGCUCCCGUGUCUUCGGCCGCGGCGAGCUUGUUAUGGACCGUUCCGCCAUUGCCGCCCGGUAUUUGAAGUCCAACUUCAUCAUUGAUCUCGCCGCCACCUUGCCUCUACCUCAGAUUGUGAUAUGGUUUGUAAUUCCAGCACUAAAAACCCGGACAGCUGAUUAUGCGAACCACACUAUUUCUCUGAUUGUUUUCAUCCAGUAUGUUCCUAGAUUUUUUGUUAUUUUCCCUUUGCACCGGCGGAUUAUUAAAAAUUCUGGAGCUAUAGCCAAGACUGCUUGGGCAGGGGCAGCAUACAAUCUCGCUCUCUAUAUUUUAGCUAGCCAUAUUUUUGGAGCUUCGUGGUAUGUCUUAUCCAUUCAGCGGCAGCAUCAGUGCUGGAGUAUGGAAUGCAGCAAGGAGAGGAAUGCCACACGCUCUCCAUCUUGUAAUCCUACGUUUCUUGAUUGCAGUAGCUUGAACAAUCCUGAACGCCGUUUUUGGCUGAGUGUCACUAAAGUGCUCACUAAUUGUGAUGCUCAAAAUGAUGACUAUUUUCAGUUCGGACUGUUUGCUGAUGCUUUCACUAAUGAUGUUGCUUCUUCCUAUAUCAUUGAGAAGUACUUUUACUGCCUCUGGUGGGGUUUGAGGAAUUUAAGUUCAUAUGGACAAAAUUUAGCAACAAGCACUUUUAUGGGUGAAAUAUUGUUCAGCAUUCUUAUUUGCUUAGCUGGUCUUGUUCUAUUCUCACACCUCAUAGGAAACAUGCAGAACUAUCUACAAUCUACAACAGCAAGACUAGAAGAAUGGAGGGUCAAACGAAGAGAUACAGAGGAGUGGAUGAGGCACCGUCAACUACCUCCAGAACUACAAGAACGUGUUCGUCGGUUUGUUCAAUACAAAUGGAUUUCCACCAGAGGUGUAGAUGAAGAAUCCAUUUUACGCUCGUUACCUUUGGACACACGGCGUGAUAUUCAAAGACAUCUAUGUUUAGCCCUUGUUCGCCGUGUUCCUUUCUUUGAACAAAUGGAUAAUCAGCUCCUAGAUGCCAUAUGUGAACGCCUUGUCUCAUCCUUGAAUACCAAAGAAACAUACAUAGUUCGGGAGGGUGACCCAGUGAAUGAGAUGCUAUUCAUCAUCAGAGGCCAACUAGAGAGCUCCACAACCAAUGGUGGAAGGUCAGGAUUCUUCAACUCGAUUACCCUCAGGCCUGGUGACUUUUGUGGUGAGGAGUUACUGACAUGGGCUCUAAUGCCCACCUCUAGCCUCAACCUUCCGUCCUCAACUCGAACAGUCAAGUCCCUAACUGAAGUUGAGGCAUUUGCGCUCAGAGCUGAAGACCUCAAGUUUGUUGCCAGUCAGUUUAAGCACCUUCACAGCAAGAAACUCCAGCAUGCUUUCAGGUACUACUCCCACCAGUGGAGAACUUGGGGAGCUUGCUUUCUGCAAGCUGCAUGGAGACGGUACAUGAGAAGAAAGAAGGAAAUGGAGUUGGCAAGACAAGAGGACAACUACCAUGGACACGUUUGGGACCAAGAAUUCAGCUAUUGGGAUGGAUCAAACGCUGAUUAUAAGGAUGAUGGCGCUGGCAGAUCAUCAGUGGACAAAGCACAGCAAUUGGGAGCUACGAUAUUGGCUUCAAAGUUUGCAGCAAACACUAGAAGAGGGAUUCAACAAAAAGCUGAUGCCACCACCUUGCAAAUGCCCAAGUUGUUUAAGCCAGAAGAGCCUGACUUCUCUACAGACCAAGAAGAUAGUUGACUUGUAUAAGAACCAUAUUAUUAUCACAAAAUAGAGUAUCCAAAAUGCUAGUAAUAUUUAUAUAAUCUUCUGUUCUGCAUACCAAGAAGAUAGCUGACUUG